GAUCAUUUCCUACAAUAGAGUCUCUGAAGCUGGUAGUUCCUUAGCUAAAGAAGAAGGAGAAGAAGAAGAAGAAGAAGAAGAAGAAGAAGAAGAAGAAGAAGAAGAAGAAGAAGCAGCAGCAGCAGCAAUGGCUUUCUCUGGCUUUUCCUCUGUUCAGUCUUCUCGACCAAGCCUAGCUGGCUCAAUCUACAAAUCAUCGUCCGUCAAGACAUACCGAGCACCCAGUGUCCAUGGAGGAGCUGGUGGGUACGGCACCCGCAUCUCCACCGGCACCAGCUAUGGUGGCUUGGGUGGUGGCUUUCAGCUUGGUGCUUCCACCGGUGACCUGCUGCUUGCCGGCAGUGGGAAGGCGACAAUGCAGAAUUUGAACGACCGCUUGGCUGUGUAUCUGGAAAAGGUGCGCUCCUUGGAAAAAAGCAAUGCUCAGCUUGAAAUGCAGAUCCGUGAGUGGUAUGAGAAGUGCUCCCCUGUUGCUAAGCAAGACUACAGCAUGUAUUUCAAAACUAUUGAAGACCUCCAGAACAAGGUAAGAAGUUGUUCAAAUUCUAAGCCAUUGACUGGGUAACGGUAUGAGCCUGUGAAGGGUAGACAGUGUGCCAUUUCCUUACAUGUGUAUAUUAAUCAAGCCAAAAAGUUAUUUUAACUCAGAGCAGUUCGUGCUGAUUUUCUCACAAUUAUGGCUCUCCUGAAUCACCUUUGGCUGGAAGUGCACUGCUUGAGGAUAUGUGCUGACCUGGCCCUGACCAAGUGGAUGAGCUAUGACUUCAUUACACAAUGUGAACUAGAUAGCACACUUGGUUAGAGCGUGGUGCUGAUAACGCCAAGACUGCGGGUUCGAUCCCUGUAUGGGACAGUUGCAUAUUCCUGCAUUGCAGGGGGUUGGACUAGACGAUCCUCAGGGUCCCAUCCAACUCUAUGAUUCUAUGAUCUAUGAUCUCUAUGGACUCAUGUCAUCAGUCAUCCCAUCCAAAGGUCAUCCAUCCAUGGUAGCUGCCCAUCAGCCUGGAGGUGUGGCAAAGUGCCCUUCAGUCAUGCCCUGCACAUUUCCCCGCACAGUGAAUAACUUAGGAGGCUCCCCAACAAUGCAAUGCUUCUUUUUUUAUGUAUACAACUAAGCGGAACACCAAAAUAGAACAGUCCUUCUGCAGAGGCAUAUUUGACUUUUGUUUUUAAACAAUUGUUUGAGCAAUUAAGGUCAGUGAGAAAGGGGAGGAUUGGUUUGAGAAGAUAUUGAAUUGUUUGGGUAGGUUUGAACAAUUUGGGGCAAUUAAAAUGUUAAAAGUUAAAUAAACCUUGUGGAGGGAGGAGUGUUAAGGUGUAUAGAAGUAUACAUAUGGUUGAUUUGAAUAUGUUAUUAUUGAAUAUUAUUGAAUAUGUAUGUUACUGAAUAUUGUAUACCCAAUGUGUCAGCCGCCUGGGGGGUUUCACUCUUUGUGUUUUAGUGGGUGGUAAAAAUAAAAUAUUUUUUUAAAAAAUUGUUUGAGCAAUGAGCACAACUGGGAUCAAAUAGCACUGUAUUGUCUGGGGCAUGGAACCACAACUUUGUAUCUAGCCAAGUCGUAGUCAGAGCAGACCGACGGAAACCAAUGAACUUACAUUAGUCAUGUCUGCUGAUUUUAGUGGGUCUGCUCUGGGCCUGCCUUAGAUUAAUUCAACCCACCAUUUUUAUUUCAUUGGGAAAGCGCCUUGGCCGUGUUAAGAGACUCUAGUGAAAAAGCAGAUCUGUCCCAUAAUUAGAUUAAAAUGUCUGCCUGUCAGAAAAUAUCAAAGCUUCUUGAGAAGGAAUCCUCUGUUUUCUCCAUGUUAUUCACUAAAGUUACUACUACUACUACUACUACUACUACUCCCAUGUCGGGGGGGUGCACUUCCCUAUUUACUCUUCCCACACCCUACCAUGAGUCAAUUAAAACCUGUUAUAAAAUCCCAAAUGCUGAUGAGAAUGGCCUUACGAGCGUGCCAUUUAAAUCAUUCACCCCACCCUCUUUCCUCACCGUUUUGUACCUAAUCUAAUCUCUACCAUAAAGUUGCACCCACAGAAAAGUAAAUAUGUGGUCGAUUGAGACUUGGGAGGUGCCAUGUAUGGAAGUAGGGAGAAGGGGUAGAGUCCAUGAUCAGGUCGUAGCUUCUAGAUUCGUGAUAAUUCUCACUGUGUGGUUUUCAAGAGCAAACAAACACUGCGACCAAGUAAAACUUACAUGCGGGCACUUGGAAUUUUGAGAAGAUUUCCAUGAGAAGCUGCCCCCAACGUUACGUGCUCCCAUUUGAGCAGGCUGGGAAUUCUUUUCAAGAUUACUGGGAAAUGUAAGACCAAAUUUGCUUUAGAACUGCAGCUAAUCCACCCAGGGGGAAACGUAGGAAUUUAGGAAGCUGCAGGGCUGCUUUUCAGGAGGAAACUCACAGGAACUCAGUUCCGGCACCUCUCAGGUAGGCGUCAUUGCCAUUCUAAUAGAUUAGAGAGGUGUUCAUGAUGAGAGGUAUUUUUCUAGAAAAAUAGCACUGGGAAGCUGCCUUAUAUUGAGUCAGACUAUUGGAAACAGCAGCUGACCGGUAGAAGCACUCCAGGGUCUCCUAGCCCUACCUUGAGAUGCUGGGUAUUGAACCUGCAGAUUUUGGCAUGUUAAGCAUGUGCUCUACUGUUGAGCCUUAGGGAUACAGGUGGCGCUGUGGUCUAAACCACUGAGCCUCUUGGGCUUGCUGAUCAGUAGGUCGGCAGUUCGAAUCCCCGCAAUGGAGUGAGCUCCCGUCGCUCUGUCCCAGCUUCUGGCAACCUAGCAGUUUGAAAGCACGCCAGUGCAAGUAGAUAAAUAGGUACUGCUGCGGCAGGAAGGUCAACGGUGUUUCCGUGCGCUCUGGUUUCUUUCACGGUGUCCUGUUGUGCUAGAAGCAGUUUAGUCAUGCUGGCCACAUGACCCAGAAAGCUGUCUGUAGACAAACACCGGCUCCCUCAGCCUCAAAGUAAGAUGAGCGCCACAACCCCAUAGUCGCCUUUGACUGGACUUAACCGUCCAGGGGUCCUUCACCUUACCUUUUACCUUUAACACUGAGCCACAUCAAUUACCCUAAUGAAAGGAAAGCAGAAUCAGGCGAUAGAGUAGAACAGUCCAUGUUGAGUCAUGCUAGCUAUCUCUCUGCCUAGCGGUAGGGCCCAUGUUCUUCAUUAGAACAUCCUUUUAGAACAUCCUUCUCCACUGAUCUUCUUCUUUGGGCCUUUGUUUCUCAUUAUAUCGCUGUCUCUUGUCUUUCACUGACCUUCAGUUCUAACUUCCGUUGCCUGGAGGUGGUAACUCUUUUAAGUUUCUGAGUUGGUUUGCUGCAUGACUAACCCCUCACUUUCUGUUGUCCCCCCAGAUUAUCGCAGAACGAUUGGCCAACACCCAGAUUGUAUUGGCGAUUGACAAUACCAAGCUGGCAGCCGAUGAUUUCCGUGUGAAGUACGUAGGUUAAAAACCAAUGAAUACAUCAUGGCAAUUCAUUAACCUGCACAGUAAUAUUUCAUUACCAAUUAUUCUCUCUUACACACACUGAUAUGGGCUUCUCAAAGCAAAAGCAGGAACUAUGGGAAUGUCUUUCCAGUUCCACAGGUGGCAGGAGUGGAAAUUGUAAAAUCUGUGAAGAUUUUAUGCAGUCUACUUUCAUUCAUUCAUUCAUUCAUUCAUUCAUUGCUUGCAUUUAUAUGCCACCUUUUCCUCUAAGUAGCUGAAGGUGCAGUACAUGGUUUUCCCCUUCCUCAUUUAAUCUCAAAAACCCUGUGUGGUAGACUAGGCUGAGAUAGGAUUGCCAUAUUUUAAGAAGUAAAAAUCCGGGCACAAAAGGGUGUUGAGCUUUUCUUUUUGGAAAAAUUCCCCAAAAGUUGCUGAUUUUUUUGGGGGGGGGGAAUCACCCAUAAGUAAAACCUGGAUAUUUUGCCGAUUGUUGAAAAUUCCCCCUGGAUGGUCACUUCGUCUUUGGAAUCUCAGACAUGUCCAGGAAAAACCAGACAUAUGACAACCCUAGAGAUCACCAUAAUCACUGUAGCAAUUGUUUGUAAGCAUCUACCCAAGAACAUUUGAAAAACAAACAAACCCAGAAUUCAGGAUUCAGCUAUCAUAAAGAGGUCCAUUGCAGUCGUAUUGGCCAAUGAAAUUAACAACUGCUGGGGAAUUGGUCCAGUUUGCUAAGAAGGAAGCUGACAUGUCUUUUUGAACAUCAAACAGAUACGAGAAUGAGCUGGGUCUCAGACAAAGUGUGGAAAAUGACACAGCAGGGUUAGCCAGGCUCAUCGAUGACUUGACCCUGACUAAGUCUGAUCUUGAGCAUCAGGUUGAAGGUCUGAAGGAAGAACUGGCUUACCUCAAGAAAAAUCACGACGAGGUAAGAAAACAUCCCAUUAAGCCAAAGAGUUGUGGAUUUUCUCAGCUUCAGGUGUCCACAGGACCAUCUCUGCCAAUAGGCAGAGUGAAGCAUUUGCCUCAGGUGACAGAUGCUGGUGGAUAGCAAGAUGUCGGAUGGCAGAGCUGGGUGUUCUUGUGCAUACACACCCAAACCUGAUCUGCCAUGCUCAGGUGCAGCAGAUUCAAUUCUCCAGUUUGGUAAGCUUUUGGACAUGGAAUGCAAGGAGGAAACCAUUUUAGGUAGAAAAAUAUAUUUAGAUGGGCCUGCCAGUAGGGCCAAAGAGUUUGAGGGAGGAUCUAGCAGAGAUGUCAGAGAAGACACAAUGGGAACAAAUUACUUAAAUUACUAAGUUGCAUGAUUUCACCAGAGCAGACAGCGAAGUGAACAACACAGAUUUGGGUGGAAGCCGAACUGCAGGGUAAUGGAAACAGUGCUGCAUGCAGCAGAUACAGAACAGAAAAUGAUGCCUUCCUACAUCCAUCGGACCGCAUUAGUAAGCAGUAGCCAGAUCUUGAAAGCCUGUGACUACACAGAUGAGGAGCAAUCUCAUUCGGUUGACUGGUAAAACUCAGGGCACAGGGCACUUAAGUAGAAUAAAAGUAAAGGUACCCCUGACUGUUAGGUCCAGUCACGGACGACUCUGGGAUCACGGCGCUCAUCUCACUCUAUAGGCCGAGGGAGCUGGCAUUUGUCCGCAGACAGCUUCUGUGGCCAGCAUAACUAAGCCGCUUCUGGCGAAACCAGAGCAGCGCACAGAAAUGCCGUUUACCUCCCCGCCAGAGCAGUACCUAUUUAUCUACUUGCACUUCAUGCUUUUGAACUGCUAGGUGGGCAGGAGCUGGGAACAAGCAACAGGAGCUCACCCCGUCGUGGGGAUUCGAACCACCGACCUUCUGAUCGGGAAGCGCUAGGCUCUGUGGUUUAGACCACAACACCAUCCGCGUCCAUAAGUAGAAUAUGGGAAGCCAAAAAGGACCCUAUUCCUUGAAUUUGAUGCUGGUUUCAGUGUUAACUAGCACGGAAUAAUCAUGAUCACUUGUCUUUUGCAGGAAAAGGCAAGAUUGCAGAAGCAGCUGGGUGGCACCGUGUCAGUCGAGGUGGAUGCUGCUCCAGGCAUUGAUCUGGGCCAGAUUAUGGACAACAUGCGCCAGCAGUAUGAAGUCAUGGCUGAAAAGAAUCGUCAAGAGGCUAAAGACCGUUUUGAUAAACAGGUGAUGUUUGUCAUGAUGGUUGUUAUGACUAAAGUUUGUUAUUAUGAUUAAUAACCAUUCACAUGGCAUUUUACCUGUGAAAACUACUUGACAUGCUCCAUUUUGUUUAUUCACGAAACACUAUGAUGAAAUAGGACGUUAAGUCUGCAAUCCUGUUCCUAAAUCCCCAAUAGGACUUACUUAUGAGCAGACAAUCGCUGUAAUUGUUCCAGUCUGCAAAUUCAGGCUAAGAGAGCCUUCCAAAAACCAGCAAAGGCUGGUUUCAAAUGGUGCAUGUACACAUUAUAGCAGGUUUGAUCUUAAAGGAGGCAUUUCCCUCUCUGUGUGAGAGAAUGCCCCUCUUGAUAUUCUGCCUGCUACAUAUACACAUAUACAUAUACAAUAUAUAUGCAAUUCUUUUUUAAAUAACAAAAAAAUAUGCUGCAGCUAUGGGGCACAUCCUUUGUCAUUCAGCAAUGUAUUUUAGUCUAUUCAGCUACACUGUUUAUAGAUAGAUAGAUAGAUAGAUAGAUAGAUAGAUAGAUAGAUAGAUAUAGAUAUUCAUUUUCCAAUUAAAAAAAACAUUCAUAUUAAUAACAAAUCAAACCAAAUCUUUCCACAUUCAUAAACAAAAAACAAUGUAGCCAAUUAUAUAAUCCGAAUUAAUUAAUUUCAAUGGAACUUCGCGUGUUCUGGAUUUCAAGAGAUAAAUGUCCAUCCUUUCUCUUUCUGCUAUCCUCUUUAUUACUUCACAGUUUUCCAAUCCUGAUAUUGACAAUCUCCUCUCUCGAUCAGUCAGUCACUGGUAUAACUAUCUUGUUUUAUUUGAUCAUUCCUUAUUUCUAUAAUUGUGCAGGGGGCUUUUUCCUCAUUGUUCUCAGUCUUAAUAUUUUGAAGCACAGUCCUCCUUCAAAGCCUCCUCCUUUUUCUGCUGAUUGUUGUUCUAAUAGGCUCUGGGCUUCCGUCCAAGGUUGAAAUGAAUUAGCGUAUUCAGCUACACUGUUAAUCACCCCAACAACAAUAACAUUUGAUUUCUCGCCGUUGGAUUUCUCUCUCUCCAUCUUUGUAUUUUAGGUUGAGGAAUGGAAUAUAGAGGUGACCACCACUACGCAACAACUUGAGGGCCAUAGAAAUGAGGUCACAGAGCGGAGACGUACACUUCAGACCACGGAGAUUGAACUCCAAUCCCAGCUUAACUUGGUAAAGUUCAAGUGCAGCAAUACAUUUACUGCUUUCGGUUCAUUGCAUGACUAUUUGGGUUCCUGCCCCUCAUAGCUAUGCAAACGCUGGCAGUCAGCUGACCACCGCCACAGGCUUUGGGUCACUUGACAUUCUAGGCUAGGAAUCAUUCUCUUGAACUGAAAUCUGCUCUCUUCUUCUAGAAAGCGGAUCAGGAGAAUAUCCUGGCGGAAACCGAAGCACGUUACGGAGCCAUGUUGGCCCAGAUACAGGCUUCCAUUGGGAACAUCGAGGCCCAGCUGAUGCAGCUGCGGAGUGACAUGGAGCGCCAGAGCCAGGAGUACAGCAGCCUCUUGGACAUCAAGGUCAAGCUAGAGGCAGAGAUUGCCACGUAUCGCCGCCUGCUGGAAGGGGAAGACAGCAGGUGAGGGAUUUGGUCCAAAGGUGCUUACGUUGUGCGGGUCAGCAGACUGCAUGUUAUGGGAUGUGGAGGAAAACAGAGCAGAGUGACUCUGGUAUAGCAGAUGGCAUAAUCGUAUCGUAUCGUAUCAUAUCGUAUCGUAUCGUAAAACCUUUAUUGGCAUCAUAUACAACAUCCAAAACAAAUCAAUACAGAAUUACCACUUCCCCAGUGGCACAAAACAUUUGCUAAAAGAAAGGAGGCAGAGCAGUCUAUUUUCACAUCUCUUGCUCUCCAGGGAGAUCAGACGUCUGCAGUGUAUUUCGACGGCAAAAAACCAAAUAGAGAUAUUUAGCCACUAACUUGGUGAUCUCCUGAUCAUUCCCCAGUAAUAGAAAAUGUAUGACCUCUGACUCUGGUUUCCAUUUGGGGAUACAGAGUUGACCUAGAAAUUGCUGGCGGAGAUCAGCAUAUAGUUUACAAUUGAAAAGCAUAUGUGUAAGGGUUUCCACCAGGUGGUCUUCACACGGGCAAGUUCUUUCUCCUUCCACCCUGCCUGAGAACCUUCCCCAAAGGAGAGAUGGUAUAAGCAAUGUGCAGAGAGGAGGAGGAGGAGAGCUUUAAAAUGUCUGGUCUGCAAAGCAAUACACUGAGCAUGCAGAGGCCGUAUAGGAAGUCUGCCCACGCAGAUGUCAAACCACUAAAGAGAUGCUCUUUCUUGUCGUUCACCUAGAAAGUAAUGGGCUGUAUUCAGUGGAGUCAUUGUGCAAGGGGGACGGCUUUCAAUCAUGCAACAGAACUUCCCCUUCCCUUAUGUCUCUCACACACAAACACAUCUGCUCUGGGGUUUCAAAUCGGCAGCUGAUGCAGGCAGAGGAGGGAGGGAAAGGAAGUUACAUUACACUUGCAGACAUGGGACCUAACUGGUAUGAUGCCCUGGUGUGCUCUCCCCAAGCCAGACAGAAAUGAAGAACCCAAAUGCAAUAAGCAAAUGAUGAAACUCUUUUAAAAAAGCAAACCUGAUCAAGUAAAGAUUAUCAUGGGUCUGGAAACUAAGCCUUAUGAGAAGCGCUUGAAGGAGCUGGGUAUGUUUAGCCUGGAAUGAGGAGGCUGAGAACGAUAGCCAUCUUCAAAUAUCUAAAGGGCUGUCACAUGGAAAAGGGAGCCUGCUUGUUUUCUCCUGCUCUGGAGCGCAGGACUUGAACCAAUGCCUUCAAGCUGCAAUAAAGGAGAUUCUGACUAAACAUUCAGAAAAAAAACUUUCUUCAGCAGUGGAACAGUCCACGAAUGGGGGUGGACUCUCCUUCCUUGGAGGAUUUUAAGCAGAAACCAAAUGGCCAUCUGUCAUUGAUGCUUUAGCUGAGAUCCCUGCAUUGCAGGGGGUUGAACUAGAUGACCCUUGGGGUCCCUUCCAACUCUUAGAUGCUAUGAUUUUCUGAUUUAUAAGACACGCUAUGUCUGAUUCAGUUUUUAUUUCAUUUUUUUAAAACCAGGACUAUUCUUGAAGAACUGGAAGCUGAAAAAGGUAUCAGUCUGAAUCGUCAACACCCUCUCUCAUUUGUUGAAGGUUUCCACUGAAAAAAGCAUUUCAGAGAGGCCUGAUUGGGAUUUUGUUUUCAGAAAUCCAUUGCGUUCUGGCAGGAGGGUGUUGCACCAGUGUUUUAGGGACACAGGAAGCUUAUACCGAGUCAGUCCCAUUGUUCUAUCGAGCUCAGUAUUGUCUACACUGACUGGCAGCAGCUAUCCAACCCCCUUAGAUGCUGGGGGUUGAAACUUGGAGCUUCUGCUUGCAAAGCAGAUGCUCCUUCCCUGAGCUAUGACCCUUCCUCUUAGCAGGUAACUGGUUUGCACAGAAAAGGGCUUUCAGGUCUCUUCCAGCAUCAGCAAUCCACCCAUCCGUCCCACGUACGUCAGUGGUACAAGAAGUAUUUUAGGCAGCACCCAUAUAGACUUAUGCAUGUUCUGCCAUGUGGCCGGAACCACUUUUCACAUUGUUUUGGGUACAUUACAUCUUUAAUUUAGCAUUUGGGCCCUAUUGGUCAACUCUGAUCACAAUCUCUUUCAGCUGGCAGUGACUAUUGGGGUGGCACAUGUGGGAAUGUUCAGGGUGGCAGGAGAGGAUAUAUUGUUUAUUAAUAUCCUUCCUAACUUGUGCUAGCAAAUUCCUUUACUUAGCAAAGUUUACAUUCCCCUUCUCUCACACAGCAGAAAUCUGGUUGCAGGCUCAUUGCUCAUUAGAACCCCUUAUUAUUAUGCAAUUCAAUCUCCCUCGGAUUGAAUUGUAUGUUCCUGGUAAGAUCCCCUUUUAAAUCCCUCCUAAAAGAAUAAAGACACCACAGUCUUAUUUAUAAGCAAUAAAAUGAAACUUUCAGGCAGAGCACAGCAUGAUCCCUGAAGGUAGGCUUCAGGCUUAAAGUUACAAACUUAUACUAACAGGUUUACCCCAUAAGGAAGAUGACCUGGGGGACUGCUUGGCUGGCAACCAGCAGUUCAUUCCAGGAAGUUUGCAGGACAAAAAGGAGGCGGAAAAGAGGGAGAGGGGCAGCAUGCCUUGUCCUUUGACCAGGUCUGGAAAGGUCACGCCCACCCACUAGUCACAUGCAAGGAAGGAUGCUCCCAGGCCAGGAGGAACAGGAAGUUUCGACUGGCUGGAUCAAACAUUCCCUUGCAUGUCCACUCUAGGAAAACAAGGAAUGUUGUACUUGACUACUCUCAGUGGAUUACAUCCACAGCACAGACAGCAAAGUCCUUCUCACGUCACUAGCAGCACUGCAACUUACCUGGACUGUGUCUGGGGCAGGAGAGGACGGCGGCCAGGUCAGGGCUGCCCAGAUGAACAGAUGAAGCUCCUGCUGGUGAGGUCCACAUAGCCCUGACCUUACCGCUUCCCUGCCCUGUCCCAGCAUUUUAUUUAUAUAUUUUAUUUAUUUAUUUAAAAAUAAUCUAGUCCCAUCUAGAGAAGCUGCAGCCACAUGAGUGGCAGGAGCCCAGUUUCCCCCCACCACACUAGGAAUUCAGUCAUCCUGCUGCAAAAGCCAGCAGGAAAGUCCCUCCCCAUCUCUUCAUCCAACCAGUCAUUGAAAACACUUAUGCAAUUCAAGUUUUGUUGCUGUACAAGCAAAGUCCUCCAUGCAUCUUAUCUGGUCUUGUUUUCCACUCUAACCAUCAGCAUUAGAUUCCUCCUGAACUGGUUCUUACCAGUCUUGUGGUCAGGCUGCAUUCUUGCAUUGCUGACACUGGCCUCACUGAUAAUGAGCUUUGCAGAAUUUCUACCUCCUGGUCCCUAGCCAUAAUGCCAAAAUGGAAUGAUUAGGGGGUCUUCCAAACAAGAAAGGAAAAUUCUGCCCACUGAUGAUGUUAUAUUAUCAUUUAAAGCACCCAAUGAAUUCUAAGCAUGCAUCUGAUCCAUAUUUUUGGGUGGCCUGGGAUAGCUUGGUAGAGCAUGAGAUUCUUAAUCUCAAGGUUGUGGGUUUGAACCCCACAUAGGGCAAAACAGUCUUGCACCGCUAGAUGACCCUUGCGGUUCUUUCCAAUUCUAUAAUUCUAUGAUUCUAUCUCCCUUUCCAGAAAGGAAUAAAGUCCUGAGGAUCAAGACUGUGGUUGAAGAGAUGGUUGAUGGGCAAGUCGUAUCAUCCAGAACUGACGAGAGGGAACAGAAGAUGUAGCCGGUGGCGGAACAAUACGCAUUUUACGUUCUUUGUGUUAAGGCUAAAAAAAAUAACCUAAUUUCAAAUCCUGCCUUUCUAAAGACAAAAUGAUACUUCUCUAUAGUUUUAAAAAGGGAACUCAGUGAUAAAGGAAACAAUGUGCUAUUCCUAAAGAAUCGAUCGACUGUUUCUUCUAAUUAAAAAAAAAAGUCUGUGUACAUUAUGACAAAA